AUGAUUGUUCCGAGCCUGCUCCACUUCCUUGAGUGGGCUGAGACUGAGGAGAGCAUGCACAUCUAUCCUACCCCCUCCAACUACAAGAAACACAUGAGGGUAGCUUAGAACCUUACCAGGGAUUCCGACAAGAUUUCCCUUUUCAGAAACUAACUCAUAUUUCUGAAUCGGCUAAUGAAAGGGUACACCUUUUAUGGAAAGAACACAGUGUUGAAAGGCUUAGUGUUUGAACAAGGGAGCAGUUCAGAGAUGCAGUGUAUGGGCAGUAGAGUUUAACCUCUUAAGGAUCGGACCCUUUUUUUCAAUUUUCGCCUAAAAUUAUGUACCGAAAUCUUAACUGCCUGUAGCUCAGGACCAUUUUUCUUCUUCUUUUUUUAGGCGGUAGAUCAGCUUUAAUAUUGCAGAUAGAUUGUAACUUCCAUCAAUGUAAUUGUCUGCAUCACUUCCAAUCCCCCAUAUGUUUUUUUUUUCUCGCAAAUAUAUAUAUAUAUAUAUACACAGUGCUAUGAAAAAGUAUUUGCACCCUUUCUAAUUUUCUCCACUUAAUUUGAUUUGAUACAUACAUACAUACAUACAUACAUACAUACAUACAUACAUACAUACAUACAUACAUACAUACAUACAUACAUACAUACAUACAUAUAUAUAUGACAAAAAUAUGUAAAUGUAAAUGUUUACUCCAAUUAGGGAAGGGGUGGUGGGGUUGGAAAGUAAUAAAGGGAAAUAUAUUUUUAAAAAGGAAAUGUGUGUGUGUGUGUAUAUAUAUAUAUAUAUAUAUAUAUAUAUAUAUAUAUAUAUAUAUAUAUAUAUAUAUAUAUAUAUCCAGAGCGACUUACAGUUAGUGAGUGCAUACAUUCUUUUUUUAAUUCCCCGUGGGAAUCGAACCCACAACCCUGGCGUUGCAAACACCAUGCUCUACCAACUGAGCUACAUCCCUGCCGGCCAUUCCCUCCCCUACCCUGGACGACGCUGGGCCAAUUGUGCACCGCCCCAUGGGUCUCCCGGGCACGACAGAGCCUGGAUUCGAACCAGGAUCUCUAGUGGCACAGCUAGCACUGCGAUGCAGUGCCAUAGACCACUGCGCCACUCGGGAGACAAACUAGUGAACAACAAUGCUUAGGCCUCUACUUCCAGCUUAUACAUACUAUAUACAUUUUAUGGACACAGUCAAUUUUACAAUAAUUCUAUUUUGUUUGUUUUUACUCCUGUACUUCCUCUACCUUCAACCUCUCCGAUCAUUUUCAUGAUGUCUAUCUGGUUUGCUUCUACAGUGAGGGAAAAAAGUAUUUGAUCCCCUGCUGAUUUUGUACGUUUGCCCUCUGACAAAGACAUGAUCAGUCUAUACUUUUAAUGGUAGGUUUAUUUGAACAGUGAGAGACAGAAUAACAUCUCAUCUGACCACAACUCUUUCACCCAGUUCUCCUCUGAAUCAUUCAGAUGUUCAUUGGCAAACUUCAGACGGGCCUGUAUAUGUGCUUUCUUGAGCAGGGGGAGCUUGCGGGCGCUGCAGGAUUUCAGUCCUUCACAGCGUAGUGUGUUACCAAUUGUUUUCUUGGUGACUAUGGUCCCAGCUGCCUUGAGAUCAUUGACAAGCUCCUCCCGUGUAGUUCUGGGCUGAUUCCUCACCGUUCUCAUGAUCAUUGCAACUCCACGAGGUGAGAUCUUGCGUGGAGCCCCAGGCCGAGGGAGAUUGACAGUUCUUUUGUGUUUCUUCCAUUUGCGAAUAAUCGCACCAACUGUUGACACCUUCUCACCAAGCUGCUUGGCGAUGGUCUUGUAGCCCAUUCCAGCCUUGUGUAGGUCUACAAUCUUGUUCCUGACAACCUUGGAGAGCUCUUUGGCCAUGGUGGAGAGUUUGGAAUCUGAUUGAUUGCUUCUGUGGACAGGUGUCUUUUAUACAGGUAACAAGCUGAGAUUAGAAGCACUCCCUUUAAGAGUGUGCUCCUAAUCUCAGCUCGUUACCUGUUUAAAAGAUUGAGAGACGGUCAAAUACUUAUUUCCCUCAUUAAAAUGCAAAUCAAUUCAUACCAUUUUUGACAUGCGUUUUUCUGUUUUUUUUUGUUGUUGUUAUUCUGUCUCUCACUAUUCAAAUAAACCUACCAUUAAAAUUAUAGACUGAUCAUUUCUUUGUCAGUGGGCAAACGUACAAAAUCAGCAGGAGAUCAAAUACUUUUUUCCCUCACUGUAUCUGUUUGGACAAUUUGCACAUUCGGAUCGAAAUUACUGUUAUUUAACAUCACCCCUUUUGAUUUAACAUCACCCCCCCCCCCCCCCCCCCCCAUUACUUUUUCCACGCAACUGCAUCUAGAAUUGUUGAAUGAGUUUCCUGUAAACAAUAGAUACUAUAUUCCUUCUCUAUGAGCCAUGUAAAUAUUGUUCUUCUUUUGUUAUUAUCUGCUAAGCCAUUACAAUUAUAACUGGCUAUACUUAUUUCACCAUAUACCAUAAUGAGAUACAAGUUUCAAAACUAUUUAUCAUUAUAUGUUUGUAAAUUUACCCCAAAAAAAAUACCAUGGUGAUUGAGUGUCCAUAUAGCUGGACCAUGAUAUUUGCAUUGCUACUAAGUAACCCUCCAAUUGUUCUCCACUAAUUCCCCCGCUAAAGCCCCUCCCCGUCCCAAGUUGGGCUGUCAUCCCAGUGAUCGGCAUACCAUGUUAUUUUCCAUCAUUAUCAAUUAUUAUGCGUAAUAAUGUCAGCAGUUCAUGCGUAGGAUUUUAACCUAGAACCCGGAUUGCCAUUGUAUUACAUUACAUUUUUGACAAGCAAUUAUUAUUUUAGCAAAAAAUUAUUGUGGUUCAUCCUAUGUUCUCCCUAACAUCCUUACCCCCCUUGCAACAGAUGUGGGAUAAACACACACGCACAUACUCUAACACACUUAACCCCUUUCCUCCACAAUCAACCAUAAAAUCAGAUGCUCAAUGGUUGUUACAUCCCAGAGCCCAACUCAAUAAAGGACCUGAUUAACGAAUGCAUAAACGAAUGCAUAUACAGUUUGAGAAAGCAUGCAAGAUUGAGCAAAAAUUUACAACAAUAUGAGAUUUGAUUAAUCUAUGUCAAGUCCUAGGUGAUGGAGAUCAGAUCCACCCUCUUCACCUGAGACACAAACACUCUGGUCCCCCGUUGUAACCAUUUUUCCCAAGCAUGUCCGUGCAGUCAGACCUUUUGAUUAUUUUGUGCCACCUGGGCCACAAUGAUAAGCCCCCUCUCUGAUUGUCCGAGUGUGACCCCCCUCCCCAUGGGUUACUGCAGCCAGUGUUGCCAGCACUGCCACUACCUGGGUGGGCGUACCCCACCGGAAUCCCCACCGGCUAGGUAAAAGGUCGUCAAGGUUCUCAUUAGCAGCUUUGAGAAUUUCCUUGUAUAUUAUGCUCUUCCAUCAGGGGGCUCUGGCUUUGUAGGACCAACCCUGCCAGGCAGGCUCAGAAUCUUGAGGGGGCGGUGCUGCUCAAGUAGGUCUCUGACCGCAUUCAUCUUUCUGUUUUGGCUGCAUAUAGUCAACUCACAGCAGGUCCAUAAAACAGAUGGGGACUUCUCUUUGGUGUAUGGGUCGCUCAGGUGGGUGUCUAGGAUAUAGGGUUGGGGAUGGUUCCAUCAUGAUAGGACAAUACAAAUAUAUAUAUAUAUAUAUAUAUAUAUAUACAGUGGGGAAAAAAAGUAUUUAGUCAGCCACCAAUUGUGCAAGUUCUCCCACUUAAAAAGAUGAGAGAGGCCUGUAAUUUUCAUCAUAGGUACACGUCAACUAUGACAGACAAAAUGAGAAAGAAUAAUCCAGAAAAUCACAUUGUAGGAUUUUUAAUGAAUUUAUUUGCAAAUUAUGGUGGAAAAUAAGUAUUUGGUCAAUAACAAAAGUUUCUCAAUACUUUGUUAUAUACCCUUUGUUGGCAAUGACACAGGUCAAACAUUUUCUGUAAGUCUUCACAAGGUUUUCACACACUGUUGCUGGCCCAAUUUUGGCCCAUUCCUCCAUGCAGAUCUCCUCUAGAGCAGUGAUGUUUUGGGGCUGUCGCUGGGCAACACGGACUUUCAACUCCCUCCAAAGAUUUUCUAUGGGGUUGAGAUCUGGAGACUGGCUAGGCCACUCCAGGACCUUGAAAUGCUUCUUACGAAGCCACUCCUUCGUUGCCCAGGCGGUGUGUUUGGGAUCAUUGUCAUGCUGAAAGACCCAGCCACGUUUCAUCUUCAUUACAUUUUACAUUUUUGUCAUUUAGCAGACGCUCUUAUCCAGAGCGACUUACAAUUAGUGAGUGCAUACAUUAUGUUUUUUAAUUUUUUUUUUUUUUUUUUUUUUUUAUACUGGCCCCCUCGUGGGAAUCGAACCCACAACCCUGGCGUUGCAAACACCAUGCUCUACCAACUGAGCUACAUCCAACUGAGCUACAUCUACAACUGAGCUACAUCUUCAAUGCCCUUGCUGAUGGAAGGAGGUUUUCACUUAAAAAUUCACGAUACAUGGCCCCAUUCAUUCUUUCCUUUACACGGAUCAGUCGUCCUGGUCCCUUUGCAGAAAAACAGCCCCAAAGCAUGAUGUUUCCACCCCCAUGCUUCACAGUAGGUAUGGUGUUCUUUGGAUGCAACUCAGCAUUCUUUGUCCUCCAAACACGACGAGUUGAGUUUUUACCAAAAAGUUAUAUUUUGGUUUCAUCUGACCAUAUGACAUUCUCCCAAUCCUCUUCUGGAUCAUCCAAAUGCACUCUAGCACACUUCAGACGGGCCUGGACAUGUACUGGCUUAAGCAGGGGGACACGUCUGGUACAGCAGGAUUUGAGUCCCUGGUGGCGUAGUGUGUUACUGAUGGUAGGCUUUGUUACUUUGGUCCCAGCUCUCUGCAGGUCAUUCACUAGGUCCCCCCGUGUGGUUCUGGGAUUUUUGCUCACCGUUCUUGUGAUCAUUUUGACCCCACGGGGUGAGAUCUUGCGUGGAGCCUCAGAUCGAGGGAGAUUAUCAGUGGUCUUGUAUGUCUUCCAUUUCCUAAUAAUUGCUCCCACAGUUGAUUUCUUCAAACCAAGCUGCUUACCUAUUGCAGAUUCAGUCUUCCCAGCCUGUUGCAGGUCUACAAUUUUGUUUCUGGUGUCCUUUGACAGCUCUUUGGUCUUGGCCAUAGUGGAGUUUGGAGUGUGACUGUUUGAGGUUGUGGACAGGUGUCUUUUAUACUGAUAACAAGUUCAAACAGGUGCCAUUAAUACAGGUAACGAGUGGAGGACAGAGGAGCCUCUUAAAGAAGAAGUUACAGGUCUGUGAGAGACAGAAAUCUUGCUUGUUUGUAGGUGACCAAAUACUUAUUUUCCACCAUAAUUUGCAAAUAAAUUCAUAAAAAAUCCUACAAUGUGAUUUUCUGGAUUUUGUUUUCUAAAUUUGUCUGUCAUAGUUGACGUGUACCUAUGAUGAAAAUUACAGGCCUCUCUCAUCUUUUUAAGUGGGAGAACUUGCACAAUUGGUGGCUGACUAAAUACUUUUUUUACCCACUGUGUGUAUAUAUAUAUAUAUAGAUGUAUACUAUAUUUUAAAAUGUAUAUCCCUCAUCUGCACAAAAUUGAAAGCUCUCUCACAACCCCUGCUCACAGACACACUUUGGUUCUGGGAUAUGCAACCAUUUCCUUUCUCAAUCACUUAACGUCACACUUAUUCAAACACAAAAACGCACACCACACCUUCCAUCACAAUUCAUCCACACAUACCCACAUACUGUGCCUUCUAUGUCUUCUGUUUGCUAUGUUUUUAUCUCCACUAUGUUGAUUGACUACUUGUGUUCUAAUUUAGUUGUAUUUGAAGAUGUAUUAUUUUGCUUGUUAUUUUUUCUUGUAAUACCGUCUUUUCCCUAUAUAAAAUACUAUACCUACUAUAAAUGUGUUUUAUUAUUACAAUCCCUACCAUGGCUAGUAUUGGGUGUUCUAUUAUUCGACUCCUCUAUUAGCACUUUCAGAAUAGCCAUGGAGUAGUCUUUGUGUCGCGAAACAUUUGGUGUCAAUAUACAGUUUAUCGACAACGAGCAACACGCUUCCCUUUUAAUCUAUUUUCCUUGAAGAUUGGGUACAGAACUUUGCGCCGUUCUGCAAUCUCCCUCGGGAACUGAUCAUUCAUGCCUAUUUUCGUGCCAGCAAGUCUUUUACCUAGGCUUUUAACCAUUACUUUAUCCUUAAAAAAAAGCAAAUUUGGCAACGAUUUGACGCUCAUAUCUCUGUCCUCUUUGUCCGAAACGGUGUACACGUUCGAGUUUGAUUUUGUCAACAGCCUCGAGUGGAAUUUGAAGCGCUGUAAGAAAAGUCCUUCACUAUUUAUUUCUGUAAUCUCUCCCUCUUUUUCCUGGAUACCCGUAAGUACUAGAUUUUCUCUCAUCGAUCUAGUUUGUAUGUCUAGUAAGGCUUCUCUCAGAAAGUUGUUCUCCUUUUUAAGUUCCAGUGUUCCAGUCUUCAUCAGUGCAGGCAGCAGCCUUUUUUCCCCCCGUCUUCAUCAGCGCAGGCGGCCUGUUUCGUUCCCGUCUUCAUCAGCGCAGGUGGCCUGUUUCGUUCCCGUCUUCAUCAGCGCAGGCGGCCUGUUUCGUUCCCGUCUUCAUCAGCGCAGGCGGCCUGUUUCGUUCCCGUCUUCAUCAGCGCAGGCGGCCUGUUUCGUUCCCGUCUUCAUCAGCGCAGGCGGCCUGUUUUGUUCCCGUCUUCAUCAGCGCAGGCGGCCUGUUUCGUUCCCGUCUUCAUCAGCGCAGGCGGCCUGUUUGAAGCCAGUAACCCUCUUUAGCUCUUGAGCAAGUUGCUGUAUUUAAGGCCUGCAGCUGGCAGGAACGUUUGGGGAAAAAUAUAAAGCCCCUGUGCGUGUUUAGGAAUUUUGAGGCAGUGAUCUCAUUUUCUAAGAUGUAGCCUGGAGCUGUUAAUGUGAGGGAAAAGGGGGAGGGGGGUGUGUGAAAUUAGUUAGGUUUAUAAUCGGCCAACCAACCGUGACCCUGUUCCCUGCCGCUCGGCAUCCUGGGGGAAAUGUCACGUCAGACUUUGGUCCGCCUGCUGAGAUGAUCAGGGUUACCUUUUUAGCUUUGCUUUUCCUUAGGGUGCAUUCAGUUUGUAUUGUUCUUCUUUAGUUUUUUUAUCCUCUUAUGUUUGUUUUGUAGUAAAUAUUUCAGGUUUUAUUUUCAUUGUUUUUAAUUUUUUGCUUCUUGUGAAGCACAUUGUGUUGCAUUCCAUGUCUGAAAUGUGCUGUAUAAAUAAAGCUUGACUUGAUUUGACUCCGUAAAGCAGACAGACUGCAGUUUCAAACAGCAUGGGACAGUGUUGCCUCUCUCUCUGUUAGUAUCUUGGAUCAAGAUGAUUCUUCAUUUUUCGAUGCUAUAGGCCAAUACAAUGAUCUGCUUACUAUUGCAUACAACAACCAGUCAGACAACAGAGUGAGGUCCCUGGCAGUGCAGAGGCCCGUGUAAACAGUGCUCCUCUCUCCGGAUUGGUCCUUAGCCUGUAAGAGGAGAGCGCCCUCUGACCUACUGUAGGCUGGAACUGGCCCUGAGAGAAAUAGAACCCGCUGAUCCUACUGUAGUCUUCGUAUCAUUACAAUUUAAAGCCACGUUCCAUCUCAGCACUGGGAGAUUGUUUUACUUAGUGCAUGUCCUUGAAAAGGGUCAUUCAAAGCUGUAUAGAAAGAAACUACCCACAUUUGUCUGUUUCACAUCUAUUUUGUAGCCAAUAUUAUAACCAAGGACAUGGGCUUCUUCUGUCAGCACAUCAUAAACCAAAGUACAGUGAAUGACUGCCUGGCCUGUUUCUGUGCCAAAGAGUGGAGAACUAAAUUUGAAGACUGUUGGCUUGGAUAUUUGAGAUAGUCAACAGGAAGAAAUGUUCCAUUACUGCAUUGAUAUUCCUCUGAGUACUUUCCACAGCAGCAGCUAAAUGACAGACUGCUGUUGUAAUGACCCUGUCUGUCCUUUACUGACAGUCCCAUUUAGACUUCUGUUAUCCCUCUGGACUAGUGGUACUGGAGGAGAGCUAUGACCUUACAUUUUGAAAGAUUUUUAGUCAUUUUAGCAGACGCUCUUAUCCAGAGCGACUUACAGUUAGUGAGUGCAUACAUUUUCAUACUGGCCCCCCGUGGGAACCGAACCCACAACCCUGGCUUUGCAAGCGUCAUGCUCUACCAACUGAGCUACACGGGACUAGACCUUCACUGGCAGCAUGACAUUGAACACAUUCUCAAGCCCUGCACCUUAAGUCCUCCUGCUCCUCUUCUGACACUUAGCAUUUCCAGUCAGAUGAGCCUCUGCCUCUGUCUGACAAGUGGAUUCUGUUGCUUUUAUAAUUGAAGUCACUGUGUGUGUGUGCAGCAGAUUGGGCUCGGGGGACCUCUGUCUAGACUGGGCUCGGGGGACCUCUGUCUAGACUGGGCUCGGGGGACCUCUGUAUAGCCCUGUGCUGCCCGUUGGUGACAGCAGCACAGAGUCCCACUUUCUCUCUGACGAAACCCUCUCUGGAGACGUCCGUUCCUCAGACCCAGUAAUUUUUCUCUCCCUUUCACCCUCGCUUGCUUGCUCUCUUUCGCUCUUUCGUUCGCUCUCUCAUUCACUCGCGCUCUCUUUCGCGCUCCCUCGCUGAUAUAUUGUAUGAUAUGUUGUGUUGCAGAGGGAGAUGAAGGAGCAGCUGGCCACUCUGCAGGACAGUGAGAAGGGACACACAGAGGCCCUGCAGCUACUGCAGAGACAACUCACUGAGACCAAGGUAACACACUAAGCACUACUCACUGAGACCAAGGUAACACACUAAGCACUACUCACUGAGACAAGGUAACACACUAAGCACUACUCACUGAGACCAAGGUAACACAGUAAGCACUACUCACUGAGACCAAGGUAACACACUAAGCACUACUCACUGAGACCAAGGUAACACACUAAGCACUACUCACUGAGACCAAGGUAACACACUAAGCACUACUCACUGAGACCAAGGUAACACACUAAGCACUAUUCACUGAGACCAAGGUAACACACUAAGCACUACUCACUGAGACCAAGGUAAUACACUAAGCACUACUCACUGAGACCAAGGUAACACACUAAGCACUACUCACUGAGACCAAGGUAACACACUAAGCACUACUCACUGAGACCAAGGUAACACACUAAGCACACACAUUCACUUAGACCAAGGAAACUUAGAGAGCCUUUUGACCUAUUAGAGACCAAGGUAAUGCUCCAGUGGUUUAUCUCAUCAUAUCUCUAUCUCCACUGAAGUCUGUACUGAACUGACAGUGAAAAUCCAAACAGCAAAUUGGUUUAUGAAGCAUCUCUUUAAUCUAUGCACCUUGUUUUAAUCAGCGGAGCGAGAGCAUCCAGUCAAUAUAACAGCUUUUCCUUAGUCUCCUUUUCUGUCUCAUCUCGUCCCCCUUUUGACGACUUUAAGCUUCACAAAGGGAGGGCUCUCCUGACAGUGGUAUUUGUAAUUUGGGAGUGCAUUGUUCUUUCUGCUGUUAACAUGCUGGCUGUCCCCUGGCCCAGCCAGUGCCCUCCCGUCUUCCUGUCCUGUCUGCAGGACUUUACUUUACCCUGGCUCUGGCCCAGAGAGGCAGACCUGCCUGCUUCCACUGCCAUCCUGCCAUCGCCUUCAGCUGUCCGAAGAGACAUGCGUUGCCUGGAAGAGGGUCAUAGGGGAACUAAAUCGAUCUCUCUGCCUCGCCAAUACCUUUAGGUUGAUGACAAUGAAAUGCUCUGUUGUUCUCCUGCUGUUCCUGCUUGACCACACACAGAAACCAAAGAAGAAUUGAUUUCUAGGAUAUGAGCAAAGCACCCACAAAUUAUGUUAUGUAAUCCUGAAAUGGGAGACUGCCCACCUCAAACACCCAUAAUCCUCUCUACCCCUCUCUCCUCUCUCACCAGCAACAUGAAGGUGUUGAAAGUGAAACUUUGAGCAGGGGGGUGUGAGGCUGCCAUUACCCUUGUUUUGGUAUUACUUAAAUGUCCCCUAACACUGCUGUUUGUCACUUAAUUGGUUUAUAUUGGUUCUGGUGCUCUAGUUUAGUUCCAGUCCUGGGCCCAUGUGUUUAGGAGCGCCCCCUUCCCUGUCUGAAGAGCAGACGUUGUGUCUGAUUCUCUGGCCAUGGGGGUUCGUCUGAUAAACAUGCUGCUGCUCUGAGACCCAGCCUCCUUUUCCUGUAGGCUUAAAAUGGGCUUUAAAUAUCCACCCUGCCAUAGCUUUUAACACCCUGCUGGGGCAGACUGGCACCUGAUUACUGCACUGCUGCAGGCCUCAUCAGUCCUGUCCUCACUGUCACGAGGUGGAGGAGCAUAUCCCACACACAUCCCACUCCUGCCCUGCUCUGUACUGGAGAUAAAUGAUCUUAAUAGGCUUAAAGCUCCCAGCAGCACAGAGAGAAUAUCUGCCUGCUUCUAGGUUCCUACAGGAACAGGAAGAACAAGCAUGCUGCUGGAUGGAAAUUGAUUGAUGGCAGGCAGUAGCAAUAAAACCCAGAUUAUGAUGCUGCUGCCCCUGCUCCCCGGUGUUCCCCUGUGAUGGAGAGGAGUAGAGACUACUAGAACAGAGUUUAGAAUGUUCGACAGAGAGAAUGUUUCCUUUGUACAGACAGACAGACAGAGCCCUGCAUGAGAAGCUGCUCCCUCUCCAGUUGUUACUGGACUGAGCCUCUUUGAUCUCCUCUCUCUGUUCUGUCUCUGCUGCUACUGUUGCUGUUAGCUUUGGAGAUGAUUCAUUUCUUCUUCAAGUCCAGCUCCCUCCUUGAUUUUCCCACGACUACAAAUCAAUUCACCCCACUCUCUCCUCUCCUCAGCUUCUGCUUCUUUUCCCCUCAUCAACAGUACUGCUCUUCCCAUAAUAGCGUCCUUUUCACUGACUAUCCGCUGGCCUUGUAAAUGUUGCCUUCAACACACAGCUUGUCUGUCCCCAGCUGACCCCACAGCAUCAGCCUUUUUAAACAUGCUCUCCAUCGAACUAGCAGCACCACCAUUAAAACAGCACAAUGUGACUGACUGUGCCCUCGGGCCUCUUCCACUGUCCCAACCUUCCACUGAGGCUGAGCUUUGCCCUAUUCUACUCCUAAGGCUCUCUAUAUAGGCCGUUCUUACGAUAGCACAUUUUGUAUUGAUUUAAUGAGUGUCGGGUGAUCUAUAACAGUAGAUAGGGAUUUAUUGUCCCUAGAAGCCCUGGCUUUGACUAUGUUAGCCAGAUUUUGUUUUUAUGUCAAUGAAUAUACAUUUACAUAAUAGUUAAGUGCUAUAAAGGUUUUAAUAAACUGGGUUGUUCGAGCCCUGAAUGCUGAUUGACUGAAGGCCGUGGUAUAUCAGACUGUAUACCACGGGUAUGACCAAAACAUUAUGUUUACUAUUCUAAUUACCUUGGUUACCAGUUUAUAAUAACAUUAAGGCACCUCAAUGGUUUGUAGUAUAUGGCCAAUAUACAACGGCUAAGGGCUGUAUCCAGGCACUCUGCGUUGCGUCGUACAUAAGAACAGCCCACAGCCGUGGUAUAUUAGCCAUAUACCACACCCCUUCUCGUGCCUUAUUGCUUAAGUAAGCCAUGGGGUUACUGACUCUUGUCCAACUAAGAGUGCAGAGGCAGAGUGACGGAGGCACUUGAUCAGACAUAAGUUUUCUAUUGAUGUUUAAGGGUUGUAGUAUAACCUGCACACUUUCAUUCUAAAUAAAUAACCUCCCCUCUCUCUCUCCAGUCGUCGGCCAAAGGCCUGCGUGCGACCAUCGGCGAGGUGUUUGAGCGUCUGCAGCGGUUUCUGCGCGAGCGCCAGAAGUCCAUGCUGGAGGAGCUGGAGACGGAUACGGCGCGCACGCUCUCCGACAUCGAGCACAAGAUCCAGCGCUUCAGCCAGCAGCUGCGCGACGUCAAGGAGGGCAUCGGCAUCCUGCAGGAGCGCCUCAAUGAGACAGGACGCCACGACUUCCUGGAGGGCGUGGCCCUCACCUCCGAGAGGUGCUCUGCUUACUGUCUGACUGACCAUGGAUCAGCUGUACUUCCAAACAGCCACAGUCCUAAACUUUUGUAAGAUAGUACGCUGUCUGAGGUUAUGUUAUACUACCCUCCUAACAUAAGACCAUCCCCUGAAUGUAAUGAAUGUAAGCCAUUCUGCUCAUCAUCAGGAUAGUGAUACUGAUAGCUUGGAGUAUAAAAACAAUUUUAAAAAUAAUGUAUGCUCUCACUAACUGUAAGUCGCUCUGGAUAAGAGCGUCUGCUAAACGACUAAAAUGUAAACAUUUAAAAUGAGUGAAAGUGCAGAGUUGAGCAAUGAGGCUUAUCCCAGGACUCUGACAGAUGGCGUAAGAGGCCAGAUAUACAGGGCUCAUUAUUUGAAAUCUGGGAAAGAGUGGGCUCAGGGGGAUAGAGUUGAAGUAUUUAAGAUCUUAGAGGGAUUGAUAAGGUGAAUCAAACUAAAACGUAUCGUUCCUGUAUCGUAUCGGAGCCCAUGCAUCUAGAUGCGUAUCGAAUCAUCUUGAAAGAUGCACAUCCCUAGUGGAAAACCACCUCUUACUGCCUGAACCCAAGGCUACAUGUGGGAGUGUGGGGGUUGACUCUGUAAUAGCAUUACAGCUGACGUCCUCCCUCGCCCAUAUCAAUCUACACUGCUGUAGAAGAUUAUGCCCUGGGGCAUCCACAGUCUGACCAAUGUGUUUAGCAACAACAAACAGAGAAAAGGGAGUCAUUACUAGAGACAUCUCACAGAGAGCGCAAAGAGAGAUGUGAAUGUAAAAGAAGAUCGAUAACUGACAAUGACAUUGAUCGUCCUUCUCCCCCACAGGAUAAAAGGAAAGAUACAUGAGACCAAUUUAACAUAUGAAGAUUUCCCGACCUCCAAGUACAUGGGGCCCCUGCAGUACACAAUAUGGAAGUCUCUAUUUCAGGAUAUUUCACCAGGUAUGCUCCACCUACUACUACCGUUAACCCUCACAUAAUUGAACUGUGUAACAGCAUGGGUUUCAACAGGAGCCUCUUAUGAAUUGUUAGAUACUCCCAAAUACCUCAACACAUCAAUCCGUAAUGAUACAAAUAAUUGUCUUCCAUGGAAGGGUAGCAUAGAUUGAGGUUUAAAUUGAGCUUUGAUUGAUGCCUUGUACGGAACAAGGAAAUAAUAGUAACCUUGGAAAAGACUCACACAGUGCAAGCCUCCUGUAGCUCAGUUGGUAGAGCAUGGCGCUUGCAAUGCCAGGGUUGUGGGUUCGAUUCCCACGGGGGGCCAGUAUGAAAAAUGUAUGCACUCACUAACUGUAAGUCGCUCUGGAUAAGAGCAUCUGCUAAAGGACUAAAAUGUAAAAAUGUAAAUAGAUGGAAUGUUUGUGAGCUUUAGGAACUGCAUGAAGAGAAGAUGGUGGCUAGAGGGUUGAGAUGCCCUUCUCUGUUAGGAGAGCUGAUGAAGAACUCUCCUCUCCUCAUAUUCUCCCUAAGCCCACAGCCAUCACUCACUCUCACAGAAGGUUAUUUAAAAUAAUGCACCAAGGAAUAUUUCACUCCUUCAAUAAAUUCACCCAUUUUGGCCUCCUGUAGCUGGUGGUUUCUUGGCCUCCCUUGACUGCGUGCCAAAUGGAACAAUUGGUUCCGAUCCAUCACCACUGACUGCCACGGUGACAGCACAAAGCCUUUCGAUCCCAUCAUCUCGCUCUUUCUCUGCAGAUUAUAGUUUAGGGGAAUAAUAACAGUCUACCUCUUCUCUCAAACCCAGUGCCUUUUUUUCAUCUAUGUUCCCAAUUAGAACAUUGGCAUGUGUGUUGGCGUGUGUGUGUGAGAGGAGGGGGGGGGGAGAUGAACGCAUUUGUUUGUAUGUGUGCAAGAGAGAGUGACAUUUUAAUGGAUUGAUUGAAACACACUGCCUGGCAAUGUCAUUGUGUGGUGAAGACAUUGUCCUGCCUGCUGGCUUCUGGCCAGGCCUCCUGUUUAUACUGUAAGGUAUAACUACUGAGGAACAAGGCAAAUUCCCCUCUGUUCUGUUCUAAAUCAGCUCUAUGUAUGUUUCCAUAAUGACUGAACAAAAAAACAAAAAAGGUGGUGGAGCAGCCAGGGGUGGAGUGUAUCAACCAAACUCCCUCCAUAACCCACGGUUAACCCACAGAACUACAUGUAGCUGGCUGCCUCCAGCCAUGCCAGGCCAACAUAGAGCUGUGGAGUCAUGCUCUAUAAGGUCUAUAAUUACUGCUUCCCACCACAGCUCUAUUUCCAUACCUUUGCAUGACACUGAUGCGGAGUACAACAUCAAACAGUGGAGGCCAAGGUACUUUGAAUGUAGGGUAACAUGGGGUAAGAAGCCAGCUACUCGGGUAACAUGAUUUUGGAACCUGGAACAACCUUUUUCAGUGGCGCCACAGCUUUCUUCAUUCUUCAGUGUCACAGCUUUCUUCAGUGUCACAGCUUUCUUCCUUCUCUCUUAGUUUUUUUGCCUUGUCCUCCAGGAUCCUCUUGUCAGGACUGUAGCCGACUCAGCCUUUCUCUUCCUAGGCCUCGCCUCCUAUAUCCUUGGCCUGGGGGACAACUCCAAUAUGACCUCUGCUCAUGUUUGUUGUUGUAAAACUGGUACUUUAAACAAAAGCAAACAAAUAAACAACAACUCAUGAGUAUUCGUUCAAAAAAACACUUAUUUCUAAUCACUCUAUAUGCUACUUUAUUUUUCCUAAAAUGAGUGCUGACAUUUUGUUUUUCUUACCAACAUUCGGAGUAAGGUCACUGGAGACCUGUUGUGGCGGAGGUUGAUGUUGUGACAGAGGUUGCUUGUAGGAUACGGAUGGAUAAUUCUGUGUGCUGCUUCAUGAAACCAUGAAACCAGUCUAUGCCUGCCAAUCUAACCCUGGCCCCUGUUCUAACUCUGACUCCUAAUCCUAACCCUGCUAACUGAGGGUUAGCUAGCUAUGCUAGCAGACAUUGGUUUAUGCUAAUUAGCUGGCUAGCAUUUAUUUAACCUCAGACUUUCUGCUAGUGAGGUUGCUAGUUAGCUAACUGUGCUAGCCAGUGCCUAAAUUAAAGCUAGAAACAAAUUAUCAACCAUAAAGUGCUUGAGGCGUCACUACAGACCCCCUGGUUCGAUUCCAGGCUGAAUCACAACCGGCCGUGAUUGGGAGUCCCAUAGGGCGGUUUACAAUUGGCCCAGCGUCGUCCGGGUUUGGCCGGUGUAGGCCGUCAUUGUCAAUAAGAAUUUGUUCUUAACUGACUUGCCUAGUUAAAUAAAGGUAAAAUAAAAAGAAUGUAAAAAAAAAAGAAGGAAAAAAACCAUACUAACCUAACAUAUUGCUACUUUACUCAAAAACUAUCAACAUGUUUCUCUCUAAACAAGUGGAUGAUUUAUCUUGAGGCUUCCCUACAUGUAUAUAAACCAUUUUGUAUUAUAAUUGGAUCUAAAUGACAAAAUAAAUGUAUGAAACAGGACAUUUGUAGUUGAUGAAGACUAGUGGCAGCCAGAGGAACUGUUGGGGGGAAAUGGUGACAUCUUGUGGAUGUUGUGAGAAUUACAGGGGGGUUUUAAGUUUUUAGCAUUGUCAGUGUAUUAACCAACAGUCCCAAACAUAGCUUAUGUAAAUACUUUUUCAUGAUAACAGUAGAUGUAGGGUGUAUUACAAGAGCGUAUUAUUAGGCUACCCAUGAGUCAUCCCAAUCCCAACACCAUGACGGUCCCUUAUUCUGUUCCUGAUAGGGUCCUUCAGCUGCAUCAGCUCAUAUUAUUGCUAGAGCAGAAACACCAGCCUGAAGCUACAGUCAGUCAACCUACAGUGGCCACUGCAGACAGAGACUGUGCCAUUGACAGAAUGUCAUUGGUCUUCUCCCAGCCAUCUGAUGUAUCACUUUUUAAAGAUAACAUUUUGGAAAUCAAUUUGUAUGCACUUGACGUCAGAUCAACUCUCCAGUUCAGUGACUGGCUGAAAUGGGAUGCCGGGUCUUUUUCACUGCCUCAGCAUAUAACUCAGUACAGCGAUGAUAGUGAAAAAUGGAGUGCACUGAAUGACACAGCAGUUCUGGAGCUAGUGUCUGUCUGAGAGAGGGAGUGUCUUCAUAACAUAUUUAUAUGUUUCUCUCUCUUGGCAAACAGUAUUGCAAGAAGAUGUCCUUCUCUGUAUCCUGUAGCUGUCUUUAUCUGGGCUAGCCCUGUCUGCUUGUCUCUGGUGUGUCUCCACAUUAACCCUGUAUCUCCAUACUAAAUGUGUCCCUUCUCUCUCUCUCUCCGUAGUGCCAGCAGCUUUGACCUUAGACCCCAUCACAGCCCACCAGAGACUCAUCCUAUCAGAUGACUGCACCAUCGUAGCCUAUGGUAACCUGCACCCCCAGCCGCUGCAGGACUCCCCGCGGCGCUUCGACGUCGAGGUGUCUGUGCUGGGGGCGGAGGGCUUCGGCUCGGGGGUGCAUUACUGGGAGGUGAUGGUGUCAGAGAAGACCCAGUGGAUGAUCGGUGUGGCCAAUGAGACGGUCAGCCGCAAGGGCAGCAUCCAGAUCCAACCCAGCCGCGGCUUCUACUGCAUCGUCAUGCACGACGGCAACCAGUACAGCGCCUGCACCGAGCCCUGGACCCGCCUCAACGUCAAGAGCAAGCUGGAGAAGGUGGGCGUGUACCUGGACUACCCCAAGGGCCUGCUGGUGUUCUACAAUGCUGACGACAUGUCCUGGCUGUACACCUACAGGGAGAAGACGUUCCCGGCCAAGCUCUGCCCCUACUUCAGCCCCGGACAGAGCCACGCCAACGGCAAGAAUGUCCAGCCGCUGAGAAUCAACACUGUGCGUCUAUAAGAGCUACACACAGGGUCAUUAGACAGAUCAGAUCACUCACCUCAACCCUCCCUGACGAUAGGACAACGAUGAUGAUGAUGAUGAUGAUGAUAUAACUAAGAUCCUAAAGACAACUAGUUUUAAAAUUGUAAGAAAUAUGAGGAAAAAAACAGGGUGUAAGACUAUGGAAUGUUAAUUUCUUUGUCUGGUUUGUGGGUCCUGCUCUUUUUGCCUGUCGGUGUGGCUCCAACUGGAGCCCUGGUUAGCUUCUUCAGUGGUGUAAGGAGAGGCUCUGUCUGCAUAGAUGAUGUCAUCCCACCAUGGUUUAGUAGGAGGAUCUCUGUGUGCUGUUACUGUCUGAGGCCCACCUUGCACAGGCCCAAUGGCUCUGCUCUCCUUACAAGUCCCCAGACUGACUGACAGAUGACUGCUCUGUCUGUCUCUCUCAGCAGCCAGACAUUUGACACUGGUCACCGUUCUUUCUCUGUGCAGUUGGCUUAGCUGUGUUUGUGGAAUGUGUCUGACACCCCUAUGGUCCUUUUUCUUUGGCACAGUUAGCAGUUGUGAGCUGGUGAGUGAACGCCCGUCGGGGUGGCAGUGAGUGCUGUUCCAUGUCCCUCCAUGCACCUGUACCCUUUACUGAUGAAAAUGAUGUCGCAGCUCUUGAUUCUUUUCCCUCAGGUCACACGUCCACUUUUCCAUCGGUGACAAUGUCAGUCAGUCCAAAACGUGCUGGACAUGUCUGAUAGUCAUUUGUAACGGCAGUAUCAUGGUCCGUGUGGUCUAGUGAUGGUCCAACUGGUCACUGUAGUGGUGUUUGUUGUCCUCACCCCUCCCUCCUUUCCCCACCGUGUCAUGCUUUGUUGGUUUCUUCACCUCCAGCACGCUAGCGCUCUACUCAACCUGUCCUGUACCUGUGGUUAUGUAUUCACUUAG